AUGUCUCUCAGCACGGGCACAUAUGUCAUCAAGAACGUCCUCAGCGGGAAUUCGCUCGCUCUGCUGGAUCCCAACGACGGAACCUCGGUCGUCGGCUCCGCCGAGCAAGUCGGACGCGUCAUGCAUUGGAACGUAGUCAGGCUCGGGAACGGCAAGUACACUGUCGAGAACGUAGAGCAGGCCUCGUAUGCGAACGCCGGCCCUCGUUCCCCUGCGGGUGGAUACGUCGUCGGCAGGGGCACCUCGCAGCAGCUCGCGAUUCAGGAGACGAGAAGGAAGGACGUGUACACUAUCUCUCCAGCCGACCGCACGCUGUACUUUUGGGGCCUUGAGGACGGCGACGAGGAGACGCCGGUCACGCUCGGUACGACGGCUACGGACAGCCACAACCACUGGCAGUUCGAACACGUCAAGUACUAG